AUGUCAACAUAUAAACUUUAUUAUUUUAAUGGUCGUGGUCGUGCUGAAGUUGCUCGUCUAAUUUUUGCUGCUGCCGAUCAAAAAUUCGAAGAUAUUCGUUAUGAACAUAGUGAAUGGCCAUCACAUAAAGCUGAAGCACCUUUAGGACAAGUGCCAAUUCUUGAAUUUGAUGGUGUUAAAUUACCACAAUCAAUAUCUAUUGCUCGUUUUCUUGCUAAACAAUUUCAUUUAGCUGGUAAAGAUAAUUUUGAACAAGCAAAAGUCGAUGCUGUCGGUGAUACAAUUGGUGAUCUAAUUUCAGCAUAUGUACCAAUACGUCGAGAACAAGAUGCAACUAAAAAACAAGAACUUAUAAAGAAAUUUGUGAGUGAAGAAUUAUCAAAACAUUUACAAAAUCUUGAUACUCUCGGUAAAUUAUAUGGUAAUGGUGGUCCAUUCUUUGUUGGUAAUAAUUUAACAUGGGUAGACUUAUUUUUCUAUGAUGUAUCAGCAAAUAUUCUUCAAUUCGAUACAAAUGGUCUAGAUACAUAUCCGUGGUUAAAACAAAAUCGUGAAGAAGUAGAAAAACAACCAAAAAUUGCGGAAUAUCUCAAAAACCGACCGCAAACAUCAUUUUAA